AUGCAGAUAGUUAAUUUUCGCAUUCGCUCGCCAUUGCUCUACGAACGCCUGCUUGGUCAUCCGGUCCGCCGCGAGAUUUUGGCCGGUCACUCACGCACUGGUCACCAUGCUGGUAUCUCGGAUUCUGUAGAAGGGCUGCAACCUCGAUCUCCAACCCGAAUGGAUGGCUCAGCUUUCACGGCAUCUAGACAACUAUAUUCAGAUGAAGACGAGGAAAUAAUGCUCGCAGAAGAUAAAAAGUAUAGAACCGAGACCGCGAGAUCGAUAGCUGCCACUUGGGUAAAUUGGCCAUAG